AUGGCUUCCAACCCUCAAACACAGUCCCUCAAAUGUGUCGUCACAGGAGAUGGUGCUGUCGGCAAGACUUGUCUCUUGAUCUCGUACACGACUAAUGCCUUCCCCGGCGAGUACAUCCCUACUGUCUUUGACAACUACUCGGCAAGUGUCAUGGUUGAUGGCAAGCCUAUCAGUCUUGGUCUCUGGGAUACUGCUGGUCAGGAAGAUUACGACCGUCUCCGCCCUCUCUCGUACCCUCAGACCGAUGUCUUCCUCAUUUGUUUCUCUAUCGUCAGCCCUCCUUCCUUCGACAACGUUAAGGCUAAGUGGCACCCCGAGAUUGAGCACCACGCACCUGGAGUUCCCAUCAUCCUGGUCGGAACCAAGCUCGAUCUUCGCGACGACGAGGGCACCAAGGAGAGUCUGAGACAGAAGAAGAUGGCACCCAUCCAGUACGAGCAGGCCAUCAGCGUUGCCAAGGAGAUCAAGGCAGUCAAGUACAUGGAGUGCUCUGCCCUGACACAGCGCAACCUUAAGAGUGUGUUCGAUGAGGCCAUCAGAGCUGUUCUGAGCCCUCGCCCUACCUCGAAGCCCAAGAAGCAAAAAUGCAUCAUUCUCUGA